AUGGGAGCUGCAUUUGUUAAUUCACCUCCCAAAGGAUCAGCAAGGCAAAACAGUCCACGUCCUGUUGUCGUAGAGGCAGUUCCAGAGAGAACAGGUCCUUUUGUUGCUCCUACAGACACUACUUCAAUUGCACAAGAUGGAAAUGAGGAUGAGGCUUCAUCCCAGCCAAAUGACCCACAUGUUGGCAUGCGCUAUGACACGUUGGAGGGUGCUAAGGAGCACUACAAUGCACAUGCUGCAAGGAAAGGUUUCUCUGUGAAAGUUAAUGUGGGGCCAAUUCCUGAUUCUAUGUCUAAAGAUGAGGCUGAUAUUGAAAAUGCAGAGCUUGCUUCCAUUGUAGCUGAUCUUGCUGCUCAAGGGCGAAAAGAAAAGGCGCCCAAGAAGCGUAAAAGAGAAAAUAUUGUGCACACGUUUUGCAGAGCCCAGAUGGUUGUGAAGUUAAUUGAUGGAAGAUGGGAGGUUAUCCACUUUGUGCCUGAGCAUAACCAUCCACUUAUCCACAAACCAUCGCUCACAAAGUAUCUGAGGUCACACCAAGGCAUGCCAAAAGAGGAAAAGGAAUUUGUGAAGAAUCUUCACAAUACAAAUUUGACAGCUGGGAAAAUGAUGGAAAUCAUGUCAGAAUUUUAUGGUUCAGAGUUGCUUGUGCCAUACACAACCAAAACAAUCACCAACUAUUGUGCAACUCUGACUAGAGAAGAAACAAAGGAUGGGGAUCUGGCUGAAGUUGCGAGCUACUUUGUAGAGCUUAAAGAAGAAAAGGAUCCAGACUUUUAUUUCCGGUUAAAAUUGGACGACGAAGACAGGGUAGAAAACAUUUUCUGGGUUGAUGGAGCUGCCCGGAAGGCAUAUGCAGAGGCUUACCACAACUGUGUCUCCUUUGAUGCAACUUACUUGACAAAUAAGUACAGUAUGCCUUUUGCGCCAUUCAUUGGGAUAAAUAAACAUGGGCAGUCCAUCAUGCUGGGUUGUGGAUUUGUUAAGCAAGAAUUGGCAACAAGCUAUGAUUGGUUAUUUGAGAGUUUCCUUAUUGCCAUGAAUGGACUUGCCCCGGACAAUAUUAUCACAGACCAAGAUGGUGCUAUGGCGGUCUCGAUUGGUAGAUUGUUGCCAUCCUCCGUUCACCGUAAUUGUCGCUGGCACAUAAUGCAGAACACACAUUUGAAAUGUGGCCCUACACUGGGCGGGAACCCUGGUUUAGCUGAAGAUUUCAAUUAUUGCAUCGAUUUUAGCUUUUCACCAGAGGAGUUUGAGGCAAAAUGGGCUCUGUUUGUAGGCAAGUGGCCAGUUGUUGGUGGUGCAAAUUCUUACUUUACGACUCUCUAUGCUAAUCAUGCUAAGUGGGUACCAUGCUACUUCAAGCACAGAUUCUUCCCAUUCCUGCAGUCCACGCAACGAAGUGAGGGCUUUAAUGCCAUUCUCAAACGCUAUACGAACCCAAAAAAUUCUAUACUACACUUUGUAAAACAGUAUGAGAAGUUGCAAAGUCAUGUAUUAGUAAAAGAAGGGGGUAAUGAUUACAUGACGGAUUGUUUGGAACUUCGUCCAUGGUCACCAUUCCCUGUUGAGGAACAUGCUUUCAAAGUUUACUGCAGAGACAUAUAUUUGAGGUUCCGGAACGAGUUUGAGCUGAUUGGGAGGUACAAUGUGUUACCAUUUGGUUGCAACUUUUACAAGCUUGAGCCAAAUAGGGGAUGGUGCGCAAAAUAUGGUACUAGGACCUACCUGGUAACAGCUAAUAAGGAAGAAGGGACAUACUACCGUGAGUGCUCCAAGAUGGACAGGGAUGGUAUACUUUGUUGCCACAUCUUAAAGAUCUUCACCCACCUUGGUGUUGAUGAGAUACCAGAAAGGUAUAUCCUAAAAAGGUGGACUCAAGGUGCUUUGAGUGGUUAUGUGCCAGCAGCAGUUGCUGAACAGCCAGAUGUUAUGCCUCCAGAAUCACAAGUGCAAUUGCGGCACGCGAACCUUAAUAUGGGAUUCACAAAACUUGCCCGUAUUGCUAGUAGAACAGAUGCAGCUACUGCCAUUGUGUACAAACAAUUGAGAGCUGCAGCAACAGAGAUAUCUCACUUGAACAAGUCGCUCAAGAAGAAGAACCCUGUCUCAGCAGUCCCGUCCACUAGUGCACCUGAUCAGCCUACGAAAUCUAGGGACCCGGCAAAAACAACGACUAAAGGGAGGACUAAGGUGCACCGUACAGUUUCAGCUCUUCAGUUGCAUCCAAAGAAAAAAGUUCAGUGUCAGACUUGUGGUUCAUUCGAGCAUAAUUCUGCAACUUGCAAGCUUAGGUUCCUGUAG